UUAUUUAUUUAGGAAAGAGGUUUUCUUUAUUAACAAUAACAACACUAAAUUUUUAGUGCAAACUAUUGAUAAAAAAACUAUGAAAGAAUGAAAAAAAUAUACUAUAUAGUUCUUGUAAUUAUUUCACGUUCACAAAAUGGGAAUGUCAGCGCUUUUUGUGAUGGGCUUUUCCGACCAUGCUGUGCAGAUGAAAUGCUGCUUGCAAAUAACACAUGUGUUCCGUGUCAACCCGGAUUUCAUGGUGCAAAUUGCACAAGAGUGUGUGAUUACCCAUACUAUGGUAAAAAAUGUCUAGAUGGCAAAUGUGCCUGUCCGAGAGAGCUCUGUGACAAAGCAACAGGAUGUGUGCAAACAACUAUCGAUCAAAUCACCUUCAUGAAACAGAUGUCAAUCGUUGCAAGGAAAGAAGAUCUGAAUCAUCCCCCAACAACAAAGAGAGAAUAUUCCACUAAAAGCUCAGACCAUACAGUAAAGAAUGAAUCUUCUACUCAAGAUUCAGACCAGCAAAACGAAAAUAUUGUUGCGUCAGGAACUAAAGAAAUUUUGAAAAAUCCCAUUCUAUGGGGCAUAUUGGGGGCAAACUUCAUUUUCCUUAUUCUCAUACUGACGUACGUCUGCAAAAGAACGAUGAGAUGUUGUUCUUCAAAGGAGAGCAAAUCCAAUCAACGGAAACAAUCAGAGGAAACGGCAGAGUCCCAUUAUGAAGAGCUGGAAGAUCUUCACACAAAUACGGAUAUACCGACCGAUUAUAACAGAUUGAAUAUGACUGGGCCUUGUUCCUCCCUCAAGGACUCAAUUUCAUGUUCGGAAUCAUCAAAUUUUAACGAAAGUGGAAAGAGUACGAAUUACUCAUACGAUGACAUAGCUAAUGUAAAAGGUGUCUCUUCAACUGAAAUUGAAAUAGUAUCAAACCGUAAGGAAAGGCACUUUAAUUGAAUUAUAUUGUGGUAUCAAGAAGAUUACAGUGUUCAUUUUUUUUUAAAUCCAUCAAAGUUAAAAAUCAAAAACAUCAACUUCAUAAAGUUACUCGUAAUUUUUUUUUAUCAUUUAUUAUUAUUUUUUACAUUUAAAGGGAAUGGUUUUAUCAGGAAAAUGUCUAUUGUAGCAUGUUUGACCUUUCUAUUCCUGACUCACUUGAAUUCAAUUAGAAAAUUGAGUAUAUUUUCCUGAUUUAAUAUAUAUCCACUUAUGAUUACAAUGAUGCUUUUAAUUUAGCGUCACAUUUAUCCUUUGACUUAAGUUAUUUCUCUUCUUUUUUUCUAUUUAUGCAGAAAAUAAAAAAAAUUCAAACACAUCCCUUUAAAUUAGGAAAUUGUUCCAAUAUUUACAGUUUUGAAAUACUUGAAUUCAUUUCCACGCGUAAGUAAUAUAUCAUUAUAAUUAUAAUGUCAAUAAUAUCGUUUCCGCGAUUCCUCAUAAAUAAUCCUUUUAUAAGGAAAUCUUUUUUAUGAUUAUUUUAAAUUUUUAGCAAAAAUUCACAUAGACUUAAAACGAACUCUUUUUCAAAACAAGAUUAAUUUUAAAAUUUGUAGUUUUAUAAUUUUAGACGUGUUUAAUUUGGUAACAGUUACUUAUCUAUAAUUUUGUUCAUAUGAUAGACUUCUAUAUCAUUGAUCACUGAUAUGUUAAUGAAAUACUUGCAGAUGACAAUUGUAAAAGAAGUCUGUUUUUUUUAAAGAAAUAAUUCACCCUUCGGGUAUAUCUCUUAAAGCAAUACAUUGACUGACCCGUGCAAAUUUUGCCCAAGAGUCACAGAAUAAAAAGCUGAUCCCUAAAUCUCGGUAUGAGUGAAAUAUUCUCAAUAGGGACGUAAAUCAAUUAGGAAACAACAAAAAACACAGGCUUUAAUAAGUGGCUUGGUCUUUCUUCUCUAGGCUAAUAGAAACAACAAUACGCUCAUAAAUAAUUUCAUUUUUAAAAAGUUAUAAGGUGGAAUAGAAUAGAAGAUGAAAUAAAUAUUCUUUAAACUAUGACCAAGUAUUAUAUUUCAUCGGGAUAGAAAAUAGUAACCUUCUUGAAGUUUGUAUUUUAUUAAAAUGAUACCAGCAUCAAAAAGCAAAGUCAGUUAACAACGAAAUUUAUCAAAACAAACAAAACAGUAACGGUGAAAUACUUAUCAGAUGUUAUGUUUUCAUUGUGUACAGAUUGGUGAUAUUCUAUUAUAUUUUUUUAUUUUAUUCCUUAUAUUUUUGAAAAAAAAUAUUCUGAUUUGUUAAUUUAAACGAUUAAUGGAAUCACAAUAAAGGUACGACUUUCCUUUGUUUUGAUACAUAGAUAUAUCAAAGUGUUGAGAUUAUGUACAUGUACUAAACUUGAAAUUUAAUUACUUUUUUGUAGAAAAAAGUUAAACUUCUUAUGAGAGUUAUACGAGGGCCGUUCAAAAAUUACGCGGACUUGUUGCACAGAAGAAAUAUUUGACAACAUAAUCGGGCAAAAUUUCACAAAUAAUAUAAAAGAAUCUUUACUUAUAUGGUCUUCAAAAUUUUAUAUCAAAAUGUUGUAAAUUGGUAUUAAUUUUGAGUGAUUUUUCAGGACAUACCAUUAAGUCACGGCGCAGCAAAAUCUUCGACGUCACAAGCAUUAUAAAAAAUAUGUGAUUGAGCUUUCAUUUUCUCAACAUUUUCCCUUGAGUACCUGUAUAGUUUGAGUUACCUUAUCUACUCAACAUCAAAACACCAUUUCUUGUCAAAUUUAAAAUCUAUUAAAUAAGUAAAGAAUAUUCUUUUUUUUUUUU